CUCCGCGUGAGCAGCUGGGGCGAGUUGGGACAAACUCGCGAGCCUUGUUGACGUCGCGCUUAUAAGACCAAGCUAGCGGCUCCGAGCCACACUUUUUAUACUUGUCGUCGUUUGUCCUCGCAGGCAAACAUGGUGGCGAUGAUGAAGCGAGUGAAACUGUUCCAAAUUGUUUUAACGGACUCGAAGACGUUCUAUUGCGGCGGGGACAGGCUGUCGGGGCGCGUGGAAGUGGAGGUGAACGAAGUGACGCGCGUGUCCGCGCUCAGGCUUCUCGGCUUGGGAUGCGCCAAAGUGGAAUACGCCAAGGGCAAGCAGCGCUGUCGACAGGAGGCCGAGUACCUCCGACACGAAGCCGUUUUGCGCCUUGAGGAGCAGCCGACGGACUCUGACGGCUCGGUUUUGCUGAGGCCAGGCAACAAGUACGAAUACAACUUUGGAUUCGACCUACCUCAACAAGGGAAGCUGGUGUCGUCUUACAAAGGCAAGUUUGGGUAUGUCCACUACUAUGUAAAGGCCAAGCUUGAGAGACCGCAGCAGCCCACCCUUGAGUGCAAGAAACACUUUGAAGUGGAGGAACCUCUAGAUGUCAACACGCCAGACCUGCUGUGUCCUACAGGGGGUAUGAAAGAGAAGAAAGUCACCUGCAUGUUCAUCCCAGACGGCCAGGUGUCGCUCAACGCCAAAAUCGACCGACGCGGGUUUUGCGAGGGCGAGGAUAUCUGCAUCAACGCCAAGUUCGAGAACACGUGUUCGCGCAUCGUGGUUCCCAAGGCCGCCAUCAUCGCCAAGCACACCUACCAGGCCAACGGCCGCACCAAGUUCUUCCGCCAGAAGCUGUCGUCGGUGCGAGGGAACCACAUCAUCUCCGGAAUGUGUGACGCUUGGCAGGGCAAAACCAUCCGGGUGCCAAAGAUCAAACCGUCAAAGCUGGACUGCGACCUAAUCCGCAUGGAGUACGCGUUAAUGAUUUAUAUCCACAUCCCCGGGAGUGAAAAGCUGAUCUUGGAGCUGCCUUUGGUCAUCGGGACCGCCGGUCUGGGCAGUCGAAGCAGCAGCGUGAGCAGCCAGGACGGUUCGGUCAGCUGGGUGUCGCUCUGCAUGCCCGAGCUCCCCAGCUACGGCGACGUCACCAGCGACAUCCGAAUGGAUCAGCCGCUCACGCCGCUCCUGGAUGCCUUCGACGGCGACGACAGCCCCAUCUUCAUGAACGCCCCGUCGUUCUGUUUCCCGCCGCCUCCGGUGUACACAGAGACUGAGGAGGAGUUCAACAUCAAUGCUCACAUGUUGCCAGUGUGCUGAAGUGCAUCAGCGUUUUGGACAACUGUGCUCCAGCUCUCAGACACUGUUAGACUAAGGCUAGUGGAAAAGAGAAAGAAGCUCCCAAGCAUUGGGAGCUGCGGUGGACACGAAACGUGCUUGGCCGUCGUGCGGGCUGUUCUCUCUGCACUCGGCCACCCGAGUCUUCCGCUGCGGGGCCGAGAGCUGGCGAGCGUGCAACGCUCCACCUCUCCUGAACAAGAUGUCCCAAUUCUAUCUGUUGGCGGUCACUUUAUUGCUUGAUUACGGUGGCAGCCCCAACUGCGUGCUGUUCGAUUCUGGAGCGGGUUUAGUUCCUCACCAUGCGUUGUCAUUCCAGGGUCAUCAAUAGACAAACCCUCCUUUUGCCUGUUACUCUUAGCAUUUGUUUGGGGCUUGGAAAGGAUUACUCUUAAUGGUAGAUGAAUCUUGCCUGGAUGCUGACAGAACCUCAUUGUUCUAUAUUUCUUUUCAUGAACAUAUUUGUUUGGAGAGGUUUGCUGUUGAAGGUUGUUGCACUUUUUCGAUGCAUUUUGCUGUACUACUGCCUGAAGUGCUUUUUAUUUGAAUCUGAUGUGGAAUUUUCGGUGGUUAAGACUUGUGGUGGAACCUUACAUUAGCUUUGCAAACCCACAUGCACUUUUCUAUACCCUGUCAGUGCCAAACAGGAUUUUGAAAGGUCACAUACUAUCGAUCUACUUGCCAUAAUUAUUUUAAACUCAACAUUUUAGUUAUUCAAUGUUGGGAUAAUGGAGGGGGAAAAAAACACCUGAUCUGUACCUGAUUUUCUGUUGUCGUAGACAACAUUUCACUUGUAGAUCCUUGCUGUUUUUGUUUCACAGCUUCCUGUCUUCAGGACACAAAACCAAGACUGAUUUGUAAAAACAAGUGUGUUUGGAUUAUGCAUCUUUGAUACUUGUAUUUUUUUAUGUUUUUAUAAUAAACUCAUUUUUGAAACA